UCAGUGCCCCCACUGGCCCCUGAGAGCUGGGUGUGUGCGCAUGCUCGGCGCGCGAGGUCGGCUCUGGGCGCGGAGACCCGCCGCCUCUGCUCCAGUUCCCGGUGAGCCUCGGCGGUGGCGGUGUUGUGUGUCAGUCCGGUGUAGGCGUGAGGCGGAGCUGGGCCAGCGCGAGGCAGCUCUCUGGGAGUGGAAGGCCCGCAUUUCCCUACCUGGAUCGCACGCUCCUGGCGCAGGGGGAGGAGAGUUCACGAUCUGCUUUGAGAUCACACCGAAAUGACCUGUACUCACCGUUGAUAACUUCACCUGGGAAAGAAACAGUGUUAUUUUUUAUUAAAAAAAAGCAUAAAGAAAACAAAUGACCAAAGGAAUCAUGCCAGAUGCCAAAUCUGCAUCUUUUUCUAUCAUCCAUUUGUAUUAUUAGCCCAUCAAGGCAACUGAUUUUACAUGAAAGAAAAUUUGUUCAUCGGUACUACUUUUUGCAGUUUAAAGAACUCUUUUUCAUCUCAUUGUGUACAACUCUCCAGUAAAAUUAAUACAUAAAUAUCUUGAAGGCCUUGUUUUUUAAAAGAAAGUUCUUAUAACUUUCUUUUUAGCUUUCAAACCUUCAACAUUUAUUUACCCCAUUUUUAUUCGUUGAAGUUCUCAAAAAUUUAUUGCACUAGGAAAGCUAUGAACUUGGAAACUUACUUUCUUAAAACAGACUAUUGUGAAUUUAACUGGCGAAUUCAAGACAUCAUCCACUUUAUUAUCAGGAAUAUAACAUAAGUGUACAGUUCUUAGUUUUAAUGCAAACAAAGUUGCUUGAAUAUGGCCUGGGUAAAAUUCUUACGGAAACCUGGUGGCAAUCUUGGAAAAGCUUACCAACCUGGAAGUAUGCUAUCGUUAGCCCCUACCAAAGGCUUGUUAAAUGAACCAGGACAGAACAGCUGCUUUCUUAAUAGUGCUGUACAGGUUUUAUGGCAAUUGGAUAUAUUCCGACGAAGCCUUCGGGUUCUGACCGGACAUGUUUGUCAGGGAGAAGCCUGCAUAUUUUGUGCAUUGAAGACAAUAUUUGCACAGUUUCAGCACAGUCGGGAAAAAGCGCUUCCCUCGGAUAACAUGAGGCACGCUCUUGCAGAGAGCUUCAAAGAUGAGCAGCGAUUUCAGCUUGGCCUUAUGGAUGAUGCUGCAGAAUGCUUUGAAAACAUCUUGGAGAGGAUUCAUUUUCACAUAGUGCCAAGCGGAAAUGCAGACAUGUGCACCUCUAAGUCAUGUAUCACUCACCGGAAGUUCGCUAUGACUCUGUAUGAACAGUGUAUGUGUCGUAGCUGUGGAGCGUCAUCAGAUCCACUACCGUUUACAGAAUUUGUGCGGUACAUUUCUACAACAGCCCUAUGCAGUGAAGUUGAAAGAAUGAUGGAAAGACAUGAACGCUUGAAACCUGAAAUGUUUGCAGAAUUACUCCAAGCAGCAAAUACAGUAGAUGAUUAUAGGAAAUGUCCAAGUAAUUGUGGUCAAAAAAUAAAAAUUCGUCGUGUUUUAAUGAAUUGCCCGGAGAUUGUUACCAUUGGUUUAGUCUGGGAUGCUGAGCAUUCUGACUUAACUGAAGAUGUUGUUCGGAAUCUUGGGACUUACCUUUAUCUUCCUGGGCUUUUCUAUAGAGUUACUGAUGAAAAUGCCAAAAACAGUGAACUCCACCUUGUUGGUAUGAUCUGCUACAGCAGCAGACAUUACUGUGCCUUUGCUUUUCACACUAAGAGUUCCAAGUGGGUGUUUUUUGAUGAUGCAAAUGUGAAAGAGGUUGGCACGCGGUGGAAAGAUGUGGUCUCUAAGUGCAUUCGGUGCCAUUUCCAGCCACUGCUUCUGUUCUAUGCAAACCCAGAUGGCACGGCAGUUUCUACUGAAGACGCACUCAGGCAGGUUGUCAACUGGCCACAUCACAAAUCUGUUGCACAAAAUAUGGGAUGCGAAAAGCCUGUGAUUUAUAGAUUUGAUAAUUCAAAAGAAAAUGAAUUUAAUGAUCAGGCAAAACAGAGAGAUAAUCAGAAACUUCCAACCACAAAUAUUUCAUCAUUUAAUCGGAACCACAUUCAGACAAGUGGUGGUAGAGGACCAGUUAAAUUAAGCCACAAUGAUCAAAGGGAAAAGAUAAAAGAAAUUUUCAGAGAAUGCGCUAUGAAAGCCAUUGAACAGAAAAACUUACUUUCUUCACAAAGGAGAGAUUUAGAAAAGGGACAAAGGAAAGAUGCAGGUCAAAACAAAGUUGAUGAAAACCUCUCACAUUUCAAGUCUGGAUCACCUCCUGCCCCAAAUGGCUUUAGACAAUAUGAGAAUCCACAUCUGUAUCACAGUCAAGGAAGAGGACCCUAUAAACACGACCGAAUUUCCCAUCAGGGUCGAACUUCUGAACAAAUAGCUUCAGGCAAAUCUCAAAUUCUUGUUCCAGGAGAGAAAAUAACAGGCAAAGUUAAGAGUGACAUUGGCACUGGAUACGAUACAGACAGCAGCCAAGAUUCUAGGGAUAAAGGAAGCGGCUGCAACAGCAACAGUAAAAACCGGAACCGAGGUUGGAGACCUAUGAGGGAAACAUUAAAUGUCGAUAGUGUUUUUAGUGAAAGUGAAAAAAGACAACAUAGUCCGCGACAUAAAUCAAAUGGCAACCACAAACCGAAAGGGAGCAAAGAGCAGAAUUUUAAUAAUGGGCCAAAAGAGAAUCCAAAGCAGAAAGGUUUAAUGACUAUAUUUGAAGAUGAAAUGAAGCAGGAAAUAGGAAGCAGAAGUUCCCUGGACUCCAAUGGAAAAGGAGCAGAGAAAAAUAAAGACAUCACAGAGAGUAAAAUUUAUGCUGAAAACGGGCAGAUGCAAAGGACCGAGUCUGGAUACGAAAGCAGUGAUCAUAUCAGUAAUGGGUCUGUUGGUCUGGACUCACCUGUUACUGAUGGCAGUGGUGCAGUAGCCGAUGUCAGUGGUGCUAAAGAACUGCAAUCUGUCAGUGACCAAGUUAAGACAGGGAGCAUACAUGUAGAACAUGUGGACUGUACCUCCCAUCAGAGCAAAAACCACUUAGAAGGUUAUGGAAAAGAAUUUAAGGACUUGGAAGCAGGCUAUAAAUUUCAUGAGCUCCAUUCAGAGCCACAUCUACAUAUAAAAAAUCCUAAAAGGCCAGAUAUCCAUGAAAUCGGUGGAAAGUUAUUUCCUUCAUCCAGCCUACAAGUACUCAAGGAACACACUGCAGGAGACCAUGUCUACCAAUCAGAUGAACAGAAAUUUGAAAGACCAAAUGGAUGCAGAUUUUCUGAACGGCUUACUAAAGAAAAUUCUGAGAGACCAGGUUUGCCUUUUCAUAGUGAUGACAGUUCUGCACCUGCAGCGCGCAUGGACAGAAAUGAAAUAAUCUCACCAUCUCCAUCGUGCUCUUCACAUUUGAGAACUGUUGGGUUAAAGCCAGAAACUUCACCUUCUCCCCUCCCCCCACAGCAACAUAUGAUGGAACGAAGUCACUCUGUGAACUCUCUAUCCAGGGAACAUAUAAUUCACUCAGCUUGCAGAUCGGAAGGUUGUCAGAUGCCAAAUUUUAUUUGCCCAAAUCUGCCACCUCCCUUGCCACCAAAGAAAUACGCUACACUCAGUAUGCCACAGCCAGAGCAAAGUGACUCUGUAUCUGAUGUCAAACUGCCAGAUGUGUUUAUUAAAACCACUUCUUCCGGUCUUCCAAAGCAUAACUUAAGGACGCCUUCAGAACCAAACUUAGAAGCAAGUACACACGUGAGUGGUGAAAGAUGUAAAGGAACAAUUCAAGUUAAACAGCCUGUUGGCAUCCCACAAAACUACCCCGCCAGCUCUUCAGCUUCAAGUAGCAAGUUUCCGGGAAGCUCAGGCGCCGCUGUUGAUGCACUUUGCCAGCCAGAACGAGGCUCCGGUUCAGUGAGCCCAGAUGAGCCAGUUUCACUAACUACCUAUUUUUCGGUUGAUAACUGUAUGACUGACACGUACAGAUUGAAAUACCAUCAGAGGCCCAAACUCUGUUUUCCAGAAAGCAGUGACAGCUCUAAUAAUUCACUAGCGCAGAGUGAAAGACAGGUUGGACCUGUGUUACAUAGCAGUCUCGGUUCAAGCCGCCCUGCUGAACAAGGACAUAAACCCAGCCUACACUGUCAUAGAGACAAAAUACCUGAUGCCUAACAUGAAGGAAGGGAAGACUAAUUAGUUCUCAGUUUGUAGAUAUUUCAAUCCAUAAUCAGCUGGCACAGUGACCUGACUGAGAGGUAACACUUCAUGCCAGCAGAAGACAUGAAGAGCAGCAAGAGCAAAAAAGGGGUGAGAGAGCAGGCCUCCUUCCCCCUUGCCUACCCACUCCUCUGGUACCAAGUCUGUGUUACUUACUUUCCUUUCUUUGCUGAAACGAAAUACCUGAUGCUCAAAUGAAGGAAGGAAAGAUUAUUUAGCUCACAGUUUGUGGAGGUUUCAGUCCAAAAUCAGCUCGCUUCAAGCUAGAGAGACAUGAUUGAGGGGCAAUACUUCAUGGCAGCAGAAGACAUGAAAAACAAUAAGAGCAAAAAUGGGAGGAGCAAAAGAGCAAGCCUUCUUCCCUCCCUUGCAUUAUAUAUAGGCUAUGCACCCUUGGGUGGGUGUAGCACUCACACCCAUAAUAUCAGCACUAGACAAAGAAUCAAUCACAAGCUAGUUUCAGCUGCCUAUUAAAGCAUUCUCCCCGUGACUGCAUGAGACUUUGGGAGGACAUACAGACACAAACUAUAACAGUAUUUAUGUAUCUUCUUGGUCCCUUUUGUCUCCAUAAAACCUCCUUUCACUUCCACUUUAUUCCAAAAAACUCUUGCCAACUCAUUUACAUAUCUUCAGGUGUUCAGGUCUCUGUAGCUACUCAUAGGAAAAUAUCUUUUAUAUUAUUAAUAACUCCCAGGAUAUUACUGAUGAAAUCAUUUCCUAGGCCAGUGUAAAAUGAAAAUCCAAGAACCUCUGUUAAAAGUUAUGGAGAAUUUUGAGAGGGUGUCAGCAGCUCAUUAGCCUGCACAAGUUGUUAUUGUGUACUCAUACAUGAUUGCAAUUUCCUUCUCCCCAUGCCAACCUCCAUCAUUCCAAUGCCUUCUCCCCUGUGGCACACUCUGAAAGAGCUGCUCAGGAAAAAAAAGAAUCACAGAAUGUCAUCCAUACAUUGUAGAAUCUUAUCUUUGGAAGGAAAUUUAGAGAUCUAGCCCAAUUCACUCAUUUUAAAGAUGACUCAGCUACAUUCCAAAGAGAUUAAGUGGCUCUCCAGAAAUCCCCCAGUGUCACAGGCUGGCCUGGAACUAAGAAUUUUCAUGUGCCAGGCCAAGCCUCACUUUGCUUUUAAUAUUUAAUGUUAGGGGCUGGGGAUAUAGCUCAGUGACAGAAGUCCCUGCCUGGCAAUCUCAAUGACUUGACUUUGAUUCUAUACCAAAAAAAAAAAAAUUAAUGUUAGUGUUAUUUGUACAGAUGAAUAGGUUUUAUUGUCACAUCUAUAUGUUUUUACAGUAUCCACCCUUCUUACAACACUCUCCUACCCUUUUUUGCCAUCCUCCUAGCUUCCUUUUUCCUUAAUGUCUCCCUUCUUUCAUGUUGUCUUUUUUCCUCAAGGGUUAGGUAAAAAAUUACUGCAGUAUUUUGUUUAUUAUGACUGCUUAAUACUCAUGUGUUGAUGGAUAUGGAGACUGACUCCAUAAACUUAGUUAUUGUGACUGGUGCUAUGUGAAACAGUAGGUAUCUGGGUAUCUCUGUAGCAUAUUGACUUUGAUUCAUUCAGGUAUCCACUUAGGAGUGGUGCAGCCGCAUCAUAUAUUAAUUAUAUUUUAGGUUUUAGAGAAACUUUAUACUGUUUUCCAUAGUGGCUCUACUAAUUUGCAUUCCUUUGUUGAGGAGUUUUAAGAAAAAAAUUUUCCCAUCUACUUAAGACAUAUUUUGUUCUGUUUUCUCUGCAAGAAAAUGACACGUUUGCAUUACUUACAUGUAGUGAGUACCGGCUAUAUGCUAGACACCAUGCUAGAUGUUUUAUAUAUAAGUCGUUGGCAGCAGAAAAGCAAUACUAUUUUCUCCAUUUUUCAAACAAGAAAAUUAAGUCGUAACAAGUUUUGAUUAGUAGAGUGGAAAGAUGAGUUUAGGGAGGUGGGGGAUUCCAGCACUCACUAUCUUUACAUAAUAUCACUUCUGAGUUCUACAAGAUUGAAAUUAACUUGUAUUUCUUGAACAUUGGUCUUGGUUCUGGUCAGCUGUGAGUGAUCUGGGGGCACUUUCCGGGUUCUCCCAAUUUUCCAGGCUUGUCCCUGUCUUAGGGCCUUGCGCCGGGGUGUCCCCUUCACUUACGAUGCUCUGCUUUCAGAUACUCCUUUACAAACCACACCACUUGCCUUUUUUCUGAAUGAAAAUCAGAAACGAUAUCUAAAGAAUCUUUCUGGCUGCUGUAUUGAAAAAGAGACUACUGCCUGGCAGGCGUGAGGUCAUGAAUUUGAUUCCCGGUACCCCACACACACAAGAAGAGAGAGAAAAGAAAAGGAGACAAAGAAGGCAGAGCACAAAAGAUAGAAGUUGGGAACUAUUGGUCAUAAGCCAGGUGAAAAAUAAUCCUGUCUCAGUCUAAGAUGGUAACAGUGAAAAUAAUAUGAAGCAGUUCGGUUGUAGAGUUUUGUGUGUACAUUGUAAUUCUUUAUGUGAUCUAUUUUAAUUAUUUGUCAUGAAAAAUAUCUAAUACAUACAAAGAUAGGAGAAGAAUAAAUGAAUCCCCAUGUUUUUACUAGGUACCUGUGAACCUUUCAGCUGUUACCGUGUGUCUGGCACUUUCCAAUGUGCUAGCACUUGUCGGCCUGUGAUGCUGUCAGCUUGUGACCAGCUGUGUUCCACGCGUAGCGCUUUGCACUUUUCCCCAAGCCAAGAAUGGGGAAAAGUGACUUGAAGCAAAUCCCAGAUACUACAUUGCAUGUGUAAGCGAUUCAGCUCUUCCUCCUGCACUUGCUUCUAAUUGCUCCUCUAAUCUACUUUCUUUAUGAUUUCUGUGUUUCCAUAGUUUCAUACGCUCGUCACUUCUACUACUGUCUGUCCUUUUUGCCCUCCUUAAACACUUUUUUUUCUACCAGCCACUUGCUAUGCUUUUUUCAAAUUCAAACUCCCUAAAAAGAGGUCCAUUGGGUUCAGUUAGUAGCUGUUAUUCUUUUGCGCAGGUUGAAGGUUGCCCAACUUUGGAGACAGGCUGUGCUGGGAUCAGGCAUGGUGUGUGGUGCACUGACAAAGUCAUUUAUCCUGAAUUGAGAUUAUUGAAAUGGGCAUGACUUAGCAAGUAAUAGAACAAUACUAAUAAAUAGCAGAAAUUUAAUAUCAGAAAGGACACAAGUUAUGAAAAAAGAAAGCUUAUGGUGAAGCUAGAAUAGAAAAGUUUCUAACCACUGACAUGCCGUUAUUUUAUAGUUUAAUUUCAUUCAUUUGGAGUGUUAUUCUUGGGUACUACCAAGGAACUAAGGAAAUUUUUUCCAAAGAUAUUUGUUGUUUAUUAUAGGCAAGUAAUAGCAUAAAUCACAAUAUAAUAGACUAAAAGUCAAGACUUACACAUCCGUCUUGUUCAAUAUGGACUCUAUACAGCACUAGACAAGGCAAUAAAAUUCUUUGUGCAUUUGUCAAAGCUUUCAAAGAAGGUGAUACUGGCCUUUCCUUCUUUUACAUAUGUGGACAAGUGAGAUUAGAACAUAAUAGUAAGUGAAAUAAAUGAGGCACACAAGCUUAAAUAUCACAUGGUUUUUCUUAUAUGAGAAGCACAAAUUAUAAAUAAAGAGCAAAAUAAAAGAUAAUUGGAAGUAGAGAGAUAAGUCUUUCUUAGAUGGAAAGGGGAUCAAGAGAUGAGGGGAGAAGGGAGGACAGGAAAAGGGAGCAAGAAAAAGAAUUAAGAUGUGUUAUGUAUAUGGGCCAACUCCAUGCAAGGAAUGUGUACAUUAUAUAUUGCAAACAUGUAUUAAUAAACCAUUAAAAUGAGCCAGUGAGGUGCAAAAGAAAUAAAAGCACUUUGAACAUUUAUGCAAAACAGCAUGUGAAAACCUAAAUAUUUUUUAUGUGAAGAUGUUUAUGAAGUUAUAAAACAAUAGAUUUUUUGUAAAAGAUUAUUCUCUAGCUUACUCAUUUCCAUUGUGUGCUCCAAUAUUUUCCCACAUUGUAAGGUGUCUGUCAUAUGUGUAUACCUCUUAGAGCAAUAUAUAGCAUACAGUAAUAACUGUGUAAAUGUCAGCUAUUGUCUGUAUUAGUAAGAAAAAGAAUCUGUUAAAGCAAAAGUCCAUAGAUUUGCAAAUGCUUAAUUCUUAACCCCAUAAUAUAUAUGCUGCUAACAUAAAAUUGCUUAAAGCACAUAAAAUAGUAGAUUACAUGAGAAUGUGAGUGAAAGGAAAGUUUUGGGUCCUGGCAAAUUUGGUAGUGUAUGUGUUUAUGGGAGAAAAAAAUGGAGGGUAUCAAUGACAAUAAAAAGUAACAUGCUGGGGCCUGGCCAAGUAGCAAAGUGCUUGCCAAGCAUGUUGAAAAUGCUGUGUUCAAUACCGAGUACCACAAACGCCCAUGCGCACGCGCAUACACACACACACACACACACACACACAUGCAUUUUGUUGUCUGAUGGCCCUGUGGUUCCUUUUCAAAGACUGAUUAGUGCACAGGCUGCAUCAGAACCACCAGGGAGUCUUCUAAAAUCUCUAGUUCUGUUUUCAGAGAUUUUGACCUAAUGGAUUGACAGUAGAGAUUAGGAAUGCAAAUUUGUUGUUGUUUUUCAGGUAAUCUUGAUUUCUAGCUAGGUCUAGAAAUCACUAACAGUGUCAAAAAUUACAGUCCAGGUUUUUGCAGAUUGUGGGUUUAUGACAAUAUUUGUUUUGUAUUUGCUUUUCUUAUUUCUAAAUUUUCUGAUGGUGUUAAUUUUAUAAUAAUAAAUCUUUCCAGGAAAUUAUUCAUAAAGAGUACAAGAUUUAAAGAUACCUAUGGAGCCUAUGUUUUUAAUUUCCUAAAUGUAAAAACAAAAAUGAAAACAUCAAUGCAUACAUCACAGUUACGUUUUCAAGGACAGGCUACUUAUAAAGCAAUGUGGGAACAAUGUUUAUUGUUUUGUUUUCCAAAAAAUUUCAGAUUCUUUUCAAACACCAAUAAAUGUAUAUUUUAAUAUAAAAAGAUUAAAUCCUAAUUAUCUUUUGCUUCUUUUGCUUUGGCAAAACUGGAAAUAUGUCAGUAACUUUGUACU